AGUACAUUGGUCAAUAUUUUGAUGGCCCUUGGCAGGGUACCAUACAAUUUUUUUGGUGAUGAUCUUCUUUUGCAAAUCCCAUAUAUGAUGUCUACGCAUAUGCACUCUCUGAGUCUGAGCUGUCAUUGUCACGGAAUGUUUGUUGUAGGGAUGUUCCACACUGCAGGCGCUCUAUCGAUGGAUAGGGGACAGCAUUGGUGAUGUAUUUAAUUUUGGACGGUUACUGCGCUCUGCAUGUCUUUUCGCACACAACCCGUUCUUCAUGACAGUCGCCUCCAACUGAGCUCUUAUGGAUCAAGGGCUCCGGUACAGCUCUUCUCGCGAAACAACUGCCGGCUCAAGCGAGGAGAGAGUAAAAUUUGAGGCGGAGGCCUCCGAGAAAGGUCUCUAUGACCCGGGCCCAUUAGGAGCAUCUCAUUCUCCACCACCCUCAACUCGUUUCUCAAGAUUUUCGGAUUCCUUUAAAGCACGAUCCCCUCGGUUGUAUCAUGCUGCCGCUCGAGUGGUCAAACACGUUCGGGGACCUAGGCCUAAAGUUGAUCUUCCGAACCCUGUGCCCCUCCUCGGUCGUACGUAUUCGGUCAGAGGUCAUCAAUUCACCAUCGCACUCGAGCCUGCGAUCAUCCGGUUCACACGUCCACUUACUGCUACAUGGCUUUUCGUCGUCCUCGUAGCAGCAUAUAUCAUUUCCUUUUCCUUCUUGGUCCGCGCACAGUGGUAUACGAUCCCUGCAACCUCUUUUGUCAGUUGUACAUCGGUCUACUGGACAAAAGACGCAGGAUGCGGUCUGGACGGUACUUUGUGCGCGCCAUUUAGUAAUUCGUCUUUUGAUUUCAGAUGCCCGGCGCAAUGUAGCAGCGUUGUCCUGCAGAACCCGCAUUUGGUAGGCGAUGUAGAGGUGGAUUUCGUCCCUCUACUUGUUGGAGGCGGGGAUAGUCAGAAGACAUAUAGAGCUGAUAGUUUUAUCUGCGCUUCUGCCGUUCAGGCCGGCCUUUUCAGCGACUCGACAGGAGGUUGCGCAUCUGUUAAUCUCGUGGGGAAUUUCACAAACUAUUUACCUACAACUGCUUUCGGACUAUCUUCCAUUGGAUUCCCCUCUGUAUUCCCGAUGUCCUUUAGAUUCUCACCAUCCAACGUUCUCACCCACUGCACCGACCUCCGCACACCGGCGCUCGCUUUCAACAUACUUAUUACAUGCCUUCUCUUCCUCGUGUUGCGGCCCAAAGCUAUCGUCAUGUGGUGGUGCCUCGUCUGCAUAGGGUUUUGGCACACCGCAUUGUUUUCGCAGCCCCAGGCGACUCCACCCCCGCUGGACGUAGCCUUUGGUGCAUUCCUGCCUACCCUUUUCGUCUGCUAUGCGUUCUGGCGCGUUGCUGUGAGGUUUACGUUGCCUCUGUUCGCAAACGCGCCGUUUGAAGCCAUGAUAUGGUACCUUGCGCCUUACUGGACAGGCGUUCUGACAAAUCUCACCAUGGACCAAAUACCCAUUGAUCGAUUGACCGCGGCUGAUAUCAAACAACAGCCGGGAGGUGUCGUAGCGCUUAUUAUCAUCUGCCUUAUCCUUCUUGUCCUGGUAGUCAACCAGAUACGUGUUAUCAGGAAAACUGGCUGGCUGCCAUACUACCUUGGGUGGUACAUCCUCGGAGGCCUCGUGACGCUGGUGUUGGCGUUGCUGCCUGGCCUGCAGUUCAGGCUGCAUCAUUAUAUCAUCUCAAUGGUAUUGUUACCUGGCACUGGCUUCCCGACUAGGCUUUCGGCAAUUUAUCAGGGGUUCCUCCUCGGAAUGUUUCUUAACGGCGUGGCUGCGUUCGGCUUUGACUCGAUACUACAGACCGCUGCUGCUCUUGUCGGAGACGGGACAACUGGCUCCCCCCUCCCCACUUUCCUCACAAAUUCCACCACCUACAAUGCCUCCAUUGCGCUGACGAAUCAAACCAUCAGCUGGCACGGCAUACCUACGGCCAUUGCUGCUCAAGGCUGGAAUGGCUUCGCAUUACUCGUGGAUGAUGUGGAGGUGUACGUGGGCGCUGCACUCAACUACUCACUUGCUGCACUGGAGGCUGGCUUGCCACAUUUCUUCAGGCUUGCCUACACAACAGGGAGUACGCCUGGUGAUUUCACGAUGCCUGCGACCCUGUGGCCGAAUGGAACUUGGGUGGGGCCGCUACCCGGAGCUUCGUAGAUAUUUAAGAUUAUGUAUUAUCUGGAACACUGUAGUUUUUGGACAAUGUUUUCGUUGCGUAGUAAUUGGAGGCUCAGGCGCUCAAGCUUCAAGCCUAGGACUUCCUAACUUGUUAUUGGCCAUAAUGUGGCUUGAGCUUGUUGUCGUGGUUCUCUUGUAUUGGUAACUUGCUCAGCCGCCAGCGGAAAUACGAAGCCAUAUGCGGAUUGUAUGCGGCUGC